AUGGAGCCACCCCGGAUGAACGCGGCGUUGAUCAUCGCAAACAACAUCUACAGGCACUGGCCAUCCCUAAGAACUUGCCACGACGAGGCGGACAUUUUGGCUGAAACGAUCAAAGACUUUGGGCGGGAAGGCUCUUCUGAGGACGUGGCGUUGUGGGUUGCAAAGGACGCGGAUCACGACGAGAUGCAGGGGGUGAUUGAGAAAUUCCUGUGCAAAGCCAAGCAGGGAGGCGUGAACCUUCUGUUCUUUGCAGGCCAUGGUGUGGAGACCGGACAGGGCACGUUUCUCUUGCCUACCGAUGCGCCAGAGAUGGAGGACGGAUAUAUGGACUUGGAUAGGGCAACAUCAGUCGAAGGUCUGAAGUACCAGUUCAGUGCCAAGGAUCGGCGCAGUAACCUAGCGAUCGUCUUGGCUUGCUGCCGGGAGCCGGUUCAGGCCAAGAAGAUCAAACGUCCCAGCUUGAAAUCACGAGCUUCCGCCGUCGCGGUUCUGCACGCGUGUGAACCAGGGCACGGUGUGGCGGAUGCAGCCUCGCCAACAAUGAAGGUCAAGCAGGCCGAAGAAGAGCUUGUUCGUGUUAACAGGCUGGGUGCUGGUCUCGCAAGGGCCCUGACCAUCAUGCGCCUUGCACACCGAUUUCUAGGAAUUCCUGUGCUCCUCAUGCCAGUUCUGCAGCUAGCCCAGGGCUUGGCCUACUAUUCCAACUACGGUCCGGGCGGGAAGGUGCGCGGGAAGGAGCAUCCCAUCCUGUCCACUCCUGCCACGAUGCAGCACAUCUACAAGAGGCCUGCACGCAACGCUGUUCCCGAUGCCGCUGUACGUCCCACAAUCAUGGACAUGAAGGAGGCUUGGAAAUCGGACCCACGUGUACAACUAGAUCCGUGCUUUCGACGGGUCGUACUCUUCGUCUGGGAACAUGGCCAUGAUGACCUUCGGAUCACAAAGAAAUUGAGACGUCUCCUGGGAGAUCGCUGGGUGUCUUCGUGUCUUCCAUGCUUCAGCAAAGAGCCUCUGACCACGGCCCUGGAGAUUUACUGUUGCAGCCAGCUGAUGUAUCGAUUCCAACGAUUGGCUUCCACAAGUCUUUCUAAAGCGCACUAUAUGAAGAUGGCGGAUGACUACAUGCAGCGAGCCUUGGGGUUGUUCCUGAACGCUGAUCUUGAUGAGUACGUUCAGGCAACCUUCUUCGUUUGCUUCGCGUUGUAUCUCAGCCAUUGCUCAAGCUCCAUUCCAGAAGACAGCAGGUGCAGGAAAGAUGCGUGGGAUUUCAUGCUGCUUGCCAGCGAGUAUCAUGGCUACUGUGGCCUGACGGAGCUGUCAGCAUGUAACAUGCUAGAGGCAUGUAGUUCUCGGUUGCGUCUCGAGUCGUGUAGCCCGGCUUCCGCAGAAUUCGUGGAGCAAUCUCUGAGGGGCAUGAGUAGCAAGCUGCAGCGGGAAUUGACGGAUCGCCGGGUCGCACACCGACUGGCCCUAAUUAUUCGAGCUCGGAUCCUGCAACACAAGUGGGUCGAAACUCAAACUCUUGUUGAUCUGCUUUUUGAUGCCAUUGAGCUGUGCCCAAAGUUCGUCCAAGACGAGAUAGCGAAUUUGCUGCCUGAGGUGAAACAAACCUCCUCAGCAGCGUCACUCGCACUCCACACAUACAGUGCCAGAGCUGCGCCUAUUAAUGGCUUACGCGAAGCCCUUUGCAAGAUCGAUGAGCUUUUGAAGAAGCUUGAAUGA